CUAAAGUACUAUUCCUGACGGACGUAACUGCUGAGAUCGUUCUCAAAGUGAUGGAGGAAACGGGCACUAAAAUCCCAGUUGUUAUCUUCGGAGGGACCUCGAAUGAUGUCUCGCUGAAGUCGAUUCUUGAUUCUCAAGAUACAAAUGAAGUGGCAAACUUUCGUUGCACUAAAUUAUCUAGCCCAGAAGAAGCAGCUAUUAUCUAUACACCUCGGGAAGCACCGGAUUUCCCAAAGGCGCUGUUUUUACAAAUGAAUGUCUUUUUCAAAAUGUUUAUCGAUAUUCACUAUUGGGCGACCUCGGGAGUGCGGUGACACUUAUCUUUUCACCGCUCUCCUGGGUCGCGGGCGCUUGGAGCGUGCUCCAAGGAAUUAUUGUUCCCAAUCGAAGAAUUAUUCACCCGGAAUUCACGGGAGAAAAGUGCCUCGAACUCAUCGAAAAACACGAAAUUAAUUGGCUACUCCUUGGACCUACCGCAAUCGACGCACUGGUAAAAUGUUCAGCAGUGUCGAAAUACGACGCAUCCUCUUUGAAAUUUAUGUUGAUCGGUGGUUCAGUCAUCACGAAGAAAAAACAAAUGUUCCUGGCCUAAAUGUUCCCUCGAGCUUUUAUCUGUCAAGUCUACGGUUCCACUGAAGCGGGCGGAAUAAUAGUGGCACAAAAGAGAAAUUCUAAGAUUGGUUCCAUUGGAAGAUUGACCGGGAACACGCAACUGAAAGUCAUCGAUCCUGAAACCGGAAGAAUUUUGAAUCCAAACGAGACGGGGGAAGCUUGUUUCAAGAAUACGUACGUGAUGAAAGGUUACUAUAGAAAUCCCGAAGCAACGAGAGAAACAAUCGAUACCGAAGACUGGCUUCACUCUGGCGAUCUCCUUUAUUACGACGAGGAAGGCAACCUUUUUUUUGUCGAUCGUUUGAAAGAGCUCAUCAAAUUCAGAGGUAAUCACGUAUCUCCCACUAUGAUCGAACAUGUUUUGCUCCAACACGCGGCCAUUGAAGAAGCGGCUGUUGUUUCGAUUAUGCACGAGGCGGAUGGAGAACAUCCGAUCGCAUUCGUCGAGACAAAAUCUGGAUUUCAAGUGAGUUUGCUCUUUUUUCUCGUUCACUUUUCAAAUGAAUUUGCAGACUUGCUAAGUAUUUUUACGUUAUUCGCCAAUUAUACACUGCAUCCGAAUAAUAUAUUCAUUCACGUGAAUAAUUCAAUAUUGCUUUAUUUUUCUGUAAAUUUUCGAGGAAGAAAUUCAAACAAUUGUCACUAAUACACUGCCGGAUUACAUGAGACUCCGGGGUGGCGUCAAGAUUUUGGACAAAAUGCCUCAUACAUCCACAGGGAAAAUAGCUCGAAGGGAACUCAAAAUAUUAGCGAAGAACUACGUACAAUGAUUCC